GCUGGGCUGGGCUGGGCUGGGCUGGGCUGGGCAGGCGGCGCCAGGCUGCUGCACAGACCAGAGCUCCAGAGACACGGGAAGCAGCUCCUGACCAAGCCUCUGAUCAGCCAAGCUCCCUGCAAAAUCAGCUACCAUUUGCCCCGAGGUCUUAUCCCAAAGUUGCAUCCUCCUUCUAAGGAGUGGCAAGGGGGUUAGGGAUAAAAACUUGUCCAGAAUCCCUGACUGCUCCACUUCUACCAGUGAGCCUCAAGCUUUCGGAAUUAAAAAGAGUAUCUGAUAAACCCCAUCCAGCACUCCAAUGGCCAGCAACAACACCGCCAGCAUAGCGCAAGCCAGGAAGCUGGUAGAACAGCUUAAGAUGGAAGCCAACAUUGAUAGGAUAAAGGUUUCCAAGGCAGCUGCAGACUUGAUGGCCUAUUGUGAGGCGCAUGCCAAGGAAGACCCCCUGCUGACCCCGGUCCCGGCCUCAGAAAACCCAUUUCGGGAGAAGAAGUUCUUCUGUGCCAUCCUUUAAGUUUCCAAGAGGAGGCUGAAGAGCCUCGGGGUUCCUGGGACAUUGGCGUAAUGUUUCUAUCAAAGUGGGCACCUUUCUCGUCCACGGCAUUUAAACCGAGGGAGAAGAUACAUCCUGGAACCUCCAGGCUGUGCAUGUUUAAGGAACUGGUCCCCUUUAGGCGAAUGAAAGCCCAUCCACUUCCUGACUUAAAAGAUCUGAUUCUGCAGACCUGCCUGGAGGAGGGGAAUGUAUAAAAAAUAAAUUGGUGUCACUUCUUUUCUGCUAUCACCCUGCCCCAAGACCUUACUUUUCUGCUUCAUAUUUAAAAAUAAAAAUAAAUAUUGAAAAAGACAGCUGUACUGAGCUAAGAUAUGUAUGACCUUCUUGAAAUGAAUCUUGUCUUUAGAAUACCUUCUGAUAAGCUGAAUUGUCCAAUGUAGCCACGGUUCAGUUUAAUGACAUCGAUGUUCAGUCUUUGUGUGUUCCUUUGUCCUUUCCUCUACCCUUCUCCCUUCUAUCCUUCCCAUUAAAGUAAUACAAAGAGAAGGCUAGACUAGUCUGUAAGAUGGAACUCCAAGUUUAGAUAAACACUCAAAAUGUUUAGGAAGAUGUUCCCUGUGGUGUAUUAUCUUGGUAAGGACAACAACAAAAUGGCCGGUUGUCUGUGUUCUCUUAUCACUAUUCCUAAUAUUUGUACAUGGUAGCUUUGAUUCUGCAAGUAAAAGUAAAUCAUGUGUUGUGACUGGUGCUUUCCUAUCUUUGUGACCGUUUUUUGAGUAAUACUGCAUGAAAAUGUCCCUAUGUUACAUCCAUUCAGAAGCUUUGUUGUUUUAACUAGAAAGCUACGAUGAGAAAAAGAGAAGAUACUGAGGAGGGGGAAAAUCCUUCCAUAUUUUGAGAACUGAGAUCACUUCAGAGCCUUAGCCAUGCCUAAAAUACCUCUCAGUUCCCAGUGGUGUAAGUACUGCUUUAGUAAAUUUCCCAGAACCCAAGGAGGUUUGGUGUGUCCAACAUCCAGGACAGCACAGGUCCCCCAUGGAAAGGACAGAUUCCUGGGCCCUGACUUGAGAAAUGUUUCUGUCAUGUAAAAGCAUGUCUCUCUCUCCCUGAAUCAUGGAUGUUCUUGAUGGAAAGAAGGCUUUCCUGUCUUUUGGCUAGAAAUCUAUGAUCCUCCUUUUUCAAGCAUGACCAGAAAUAGACCCAUAGACCACCCCUCUCUAGGCUCCACCCAUCCUUUGAGUGACAGCUACACUCCCCUGCCCUCCCCCCACAAGCUGGCUCCACCAAAAACAAGUCUGUUUCUCCCUUGGAAUGUUUUUCAAAACCUUUGUUUUUUGUUCUCUACCUUAUCAGAGUCUCUCCUUCAUGAUUUACAACUUUCUUGUAGCUAGUGCUCUCUCAAGAUAAGACAUGAGAGCCAUUCUUCCCUACAGGAGGCUUCACCAGUAAUGGCUGGCUCUAAAGCCUUUUUCACUCCAUUUUUCUGUCAUUUCCAGACAAAGAGAAACUCUCAAAUAGCUUGUUUGCUUUCAGAUCCCCAAAGACCAUUAAUUCCACAUUAUUUUUCCUCUUCCCCUCACCAUUACUCUUCUUCCUGUUUUGUUUUUCUAUUUAAUGUACUAAAAGGAAAGAGAAGGUUAAAAAAGAAGAAAAUUAUCAAGAAUUGAUUUUGAAACAGACUUGGUAAAUAUUUUCCUUAGCUCCUCUGUGGGCAUGCUGGUGAAGGAAUAAAUAUGUCUGAUUCAAGCUCAUAUCUAGGGUAAGAAAAGGGACGAUCCGGAAACAUUUGUGAGAUGUAUGAGUGUGCUUUUGUAACCAGAAACUUCUAUUCUGGUCAAACAAAGCUUGGGAUUUUGUUACAGUCCUGGGAGUGCUAGAGAAGUUUUUUAUUUUGACGGAGAUACAAUAUUGUACCAUUGGAUUAGGAGCACUGUUCAUGUGCUGAAAAUGAGCUGAAACAUGACUAUAUGCUCCCAGAAAAACAACAGACAGGUUACCCCUGGCUGGUGAUGACAAGGUUAGAAGGCCCACAUAGUUUCCAUAGUCUGCCUCAUUUCUUUCUUUCAGACAGACUCUGUAUUUCUGUGUAAAUUUAGAUCUUUGGAGUAAUAAAUAUGGAAUGAAACUUUUAGGAAGAAGCUGGGUGCCAGUAGCUCAUACCUGUAACCCUAGCUAUGCAGGAUGCUGAGAUCUGAGGAGCCAUGCUCAAAGCCAGCCCAAACAGGGAAGUUUGGGAGAUUCUUACCUCCUUAACCACAAAUAAGCUGGAAGUGGACCUGUGGCUCAAGUGAUAGUGUGCCAGCCUUGAGCAAAAAAGCUGAGAAACGGUGCCCAGGCUCUGAGUUUAAGACUCAGUACUGGCACACAUACACACAUACACAAAUUUUUUUUUUAGGAAUCACCUUAACACAGGUCUAGCAACUGAAACUUAAGUUCCAAAUUGCAUAUGAUCAUGCUUAUAAAAGUGGAUAGAAGGCAGAAAACACAUAACCCAUCUGAAAUUAAGAAAAAUGGUUUGGCUUUUGCAUAAUUUCAUGUCUUAGAGUAUGGAGUUAUAAUACCAGAAUCUUUAUAUGAGUUUUGGCUUAUUGAUAUUUGUGUUUAUUAAAGGGGAAAGGGGGUCUUUUGGUUACUUUAGACCUCUCCUUUAGAAAUUCAACAGUCAUUUUCACCAGCAUAAUUUUAUCUUAAGAGUAACUAGUUGGAGAAUUCAGCUUAAUUAUUGAAGGCCCUAAUUUCUAUAUUCUUGUAUAAUAUAUUGGAUAAUAAUGAAAAUCUGCUAUGAAAUUAGGAAAUAAAAAUACAUUUCAUAUUUAGAACUGGAACUCCAAAAGAAAAAAAUCAUCAGUAUUCAGUUCAAAAUUUGUUAUUAUUUUUAUUUGAAGGCUAGUGUUAUUUUUUAUCAGAGGAUUUAAAGGAAAAGUCAAAUGAAAACCAUUUCUCUAUAUACUCAUAUUCAUGUAAGAAAUUUUGUCUGAGCGUUUGUUUUUUUUAAAUACUUUUCUUCCUUAAUAUUUGUUUCUAGCUGCUCCUGGAAAUGACAACUUAUUACAUGUAUAUCACUAUUGUGCAGCCCAAGGAUUGUUCACAUUUUCCUUCAUAAGAUCUAUGAAAUGUGUCCUUUAAAUAGAAGAAAAUAUAGAAAUGUUAAAGCAGGAAAAUCUGAAUGUGAUGUGCACACUUUCAUCCCACAUGAAUAAUGUAUUUGUUUGAAUAAAUGGAAUUUUCAGAUUCA